AUGAUAACAUUUUAUUUGCUAAACUGCUACGUGAUUCAAAUCAUUAUUCCAACAAAAAUUUGCAACAAAACAUCUUGAUUAAAAUUUAUUAUAAGUAUUAAUUAGAUCACCUAAGUAAUAUUUUUGUAGAUUUUACUGAUUAUUUAUUUUAGAGCGUAUAUUUAAUCUAAGUAAUGUCUUGUAUUAAGAGAUCACAACCCAUUUGGACUGUUGGAGAUUCAUCCAAAUUACCUCAAUUGAAACUAUUCAAUAGUUUAACUAGAACAAAAGAGUUAUUUGUACCAAAAAAUGGUCAUAAAGUAUUAUGGUAUAGUUGUGGUCCAACUGUUUACGAUGCAUCUCAUAUGGGUCAUGCUCGGAGUUACAUAACUUUUGAUAUAUUACGUCGUGUACUACAAGAUUAUUUCUGUUAUAAUGUUGAAUAUGUUAUGAAUAUUACUGAUAUUGAUGAUAAAAUAAUUAAACGUGCACGGCAGCUAUAUUUAUUUGAAGAGUAUAUAAAAAAUACAAAGGAUAAAAAAAUUGUCCUGAAUGAUUUACAUCUUACGUUAGAUAAAUUAAAAGAAAAUAUAGAUCAGUUGGAUUCUGAUAAAAAAAUAAUGACACUAAAAUCAAUUGAAAAUCUAAAACAAACUUGUGAAAUAUUUGAAAAGUCUAAUAUUGCUAUGGAUGACUUAAAAUCUUCUCUAAAUAAAGUUAAAGAUUCACUCAGUGCUUAUUUAGAUCAAAGAGAAGGUUCAAGUGUUUCAGAAAACUCAAUUUUUGUGUCAUUACCUCGUUUUUGGGAAUCAGCUUUUCAUUCUGAUAUGACUGCCUUAAAUAUUUUAUCACCGGAUAAACUGACUCGUGUAAGUGAAUAUGUACCUGAUAUUGUCACUUAUAUUCAAAAAAUAAUUCAAAAUGGUUAUGCCUAUGAAUCAAAUGGUUCUGUUUAUUUUGAUGUUGCUGCUUUUGACUCUAAACCAAACCAUUAUUAUGCUAAACUUGUUCCAGAAGCAUAUGGAGAUUCUAAAUCACUUCAAGAAGGAGAAGGUGAUUUAUCCAACUCCACUUCUGCUGAAAAAAAAUCACCUAAUGAUUUUGCAUUAUGGAAACAAUCAAAAUUAGGUGAGCCAUGGUGGGAAUCUCCGUGGGGUAAAGGUAGACCAGGCUGGCAUAUUGAAUGUUCAGUGAUGGCAUCAAGUAUAUUAGGUGAGACUAUUGAUAUACAUACUGGAGGCAAUGAUCUUAAAUUUCCACAUCAUGAUAAUGAAAUAGCACAGGCUGAAGCUUACUAUGAUAAUGAAGAAUGGGUUCGCUACUUUUUGCAUUCUGGACAUUUAACAAUAUCAGGAUGUAAAAUGUCAAAAUCACUUAAGAAUUUCAUUACUAUUGAAGAUGCUCUUAAGCGACAUACAUCUAGACAGUUGAGAAUUGCUUUCCUUUUACAUUCAUGGAAAGAUACAUUAGAUUAUAGUGAAAAUACCAUGGAAACAGCAAUAAGUUGUGAAAAGUUCCUUAAUGAAUUUUUCCUGAAUAUUAAAAAUGUAACUCGGCGGUGUGACACUGACAAAUUAGCUGCAUGUUAUUCUAAGUGGUCAACUUUAGAAAGAGAGUUAGACAAAAAAAUUAUUUUAUGCAAAUCAAAUGUUCAUUCUGCUUUAUGUGAUAAUGUUGAUACAAAAUCAGUAUUAGAUGCAAUAAGGGAAUGCAUAUCUGCUUGCAAUGUGUAUUUAAGAGAUUGUGAUAUUGCAACAUUAAAUGCUAACUUAUUACUAAAUGUUGCUAAAUUUAUUACUAGUAUAUUAAAAAUGUUUGGUAUUAAAACUGCUGAAGAGAUUGGUUUUCCGGUAUCUGAUGGAAAUACUUCUAAUGAUGUUGAAACAAUUGUUACACCAUUCUUAAGUAUUUUAUCAGAUUUUCGUGAUUCAGUUAGAACUAAUGCUCGCACAAUACCAUCCAAAGAAAUUCUUAUUUUAUGUGAUAAACUAAGAGAUGAAAUUCUACCUGAAGUAGGAAUACGCCUUGAAGAUGCUGAAGGCAAACCAACUGCUGUAAAGUUUGUUGGCAGAGAGACAUUGUUACGUGAAAGAGAAGCUAAAGCUAAAGCAGAAGCUGAUAAACUUGCAGAAAAAGAAAAGAAGAAGAAAGAAUUUGAAGAAGCAAAAGCAAAAAAAGAAGAGUUAAAAAAAGUAAAUCCUAAGGAUUUAUUUAAAUUGGAAACUGAUAAAUAUUCUGAGUUUGAUGAAAAUGGACUUCCUACUAUUGAUAUUCAGGGUAACAAAAUUAGCAAAGGAUUAACUAAAAAACUACAAAAAAUUCAAUCAACACAUGCUGUUCUACAUCAACAAUACUUAGAUAGUUUAUGUAAUAAUUAAUUUAUAAAUUUAUAGACUGUUAAUUUAUAAAACUUAAAAAAAAAUUAUAUUCAAUUUGUUAUUAAAUAAGUCCUAACACUAACAAAUAUAACUAUUUAUUUUUGUUAUAUUAAAAGAUCAUUGAAAAUUAAACUUCCUAAAAUGUAAUUUACAAAAUAGUUUUAUC